AGUUCAGGCGCCGCUGUCGAUAGGGAAAGACGCGCCGCGACGAGUCUCGGGAUCUCAUACUUUUAUUCAAUAUUUGCCAGGCGAUGAUUUUUGAGAGAAACAAUUUUUGAUUGCUUUCCGUCUACUCAGCGUCUUCAGCAAAGAAAAGCUAAAAUAUGAAGUAAGAGACGCCAGCUCAUAUUUUAGGCAAUAAAACGAAUAUAAAGGGACAGAAAGAUGUUUUUUUUGCUCAUUUUCAUCCGUUAAGUUGAAUUUUGAGGUAUAUUAAAGAUGGCUGAUCACGAUCCCUUCGAUGACGAGCUCGUCUCCAGCAAUACAAAUCAACGAAACUGGAGGGGUAUACUCAUAGCUCUGUUGGUAAUUGUGGUCGUUCUGGCACUUAUUGUAACAUCGGUCGUACUCCUGACUCCUCCCGAUGAGGGUCCUCGAAUUAAAGGAAACAGAAUUCAGUUGGAUGAUAUUUUAAACCACGAUUUUCAAUCAUUAAGAUUUAAUGGAACAUGGAUAUCAGAUGACGAAUUGAUCUUUAGGGAUCAAUGGGGAGGAGUUAGUAUAUUGAAUGCCUUUAACCUGACAGUGAGGACUAUUAUGUCAAACCAAACAUUUCUGCGCCUGAAUCCAUCGCGAUUUCAAUUAUCUCCCGAUCAGAAGUACUUGUUGCUGGCACUGAACGUUCAAAAACUCUUCAGACACUCUUAUUUGGCUCAGUACAGCAUCUACGACAUACAGACGGGGAACGACUUUCCAUUGCGCCCUAUACCAGAAGAUGACGACCAUCCUUUUUUACUCCUUGCACAAUGGGCACCAAAAGGUCAUGCUCUGGUUAUGGUUCAAGACUACAAUAUUUUUUAUAGAAAAACGCCAACAUCACAUACUGGAUAUAGAGUGACUCAUACCGCUGUACCAGGUGUCGUUAGCCAUGGGGUACCUGAUUGGUUGUACGAAGAAGAAAUAUUGGGUACGAAUUCUGCCAUAUGGAUGUCCAGAGAUGGCAUGUUAAUGGUUUUUGCAUCUUUUAACGAUAGUCUGGUUGAGGAGUUGCGGUUUCCCUGGUACGGAUCUAUAAAAGAUGGACGUCUGUAUCCAGAUAUUCGAUCGUUAAGGUAUCCUAAACCUGGUACCAGAAAUCCCCAAGUAGUACUUACGGUUGCUGAUCUUGCGGAUACCUCGAAUAUUAAGAUGAAACCAGUGUUACCCCCAAACGUCAUUGCACGGAACGACCACUACUUUACUGCGGUGUCCUGGAUCAGCUCUACAGAAAUUAGUGUAGUAUGGCUUAACCGCCCACAAAAUUUAUCUGUGAUAACUAUAUGUUCAAGUCCAAAAUGGGACUGCAGAGAAACACAACGUAUAACUAGCGAUGGCCACGGAUGGGUGGAUAUGAGUGAUAGUCCCGUUUUUGGAACUGACAGUUCAAAUUAUAUUACUAUUGCACCACUUAGGGAUGGUCCUGCCGGAACUUUUAGGCAUGCCGUAGCAGUAAACAUUCCGAAACGACGUUUUAUUCCUCUAACACAUGGUAGAUAUGAAAUUACGAGGAUAUUAACUUGGGAUCAUUCCAAUGAUGUUAUAUACUAUCUUGGAAUACCCGAAGGAAAACCUGGCCAAUUACAUCUUUAUAGAGUGGCGUCCGUCCCGCCUAGAACGGGAGCUUCUUUGCCUCCUCCAAUCUGCAUAACAUGCGUCAAAGAACCUGCUCCUACACAACCACCCUUCAUAGCUUUAGACGAAAAUAUUUACAGAGUAAAAACAAAUACUUGGGACGAAGAUGAUGACGAUAUUGUUGUCACAACACCUCCCACAAGAAAAAAGCGUAAGAAGCAAAAGGUUGUCGAAAAGGAACCGCCUUGUUUGUACCACAACGUUGUAUUCAGUCCUAAUUCUGCCUAUUAUGUUUUGGAGUGCUUGGGCCCUGGGAUACCUACUAGUAUAUUGUAUAAAACAGGAAUGCCAAAAUCAAAAAUUCUAAUGUGGUUGCAAAAUAACACAGAACUUAAAGAACGAGUGGAGGAAAUGGCAAUGCCGCAAAUAAGGACGUUUCCUGUCCAGAUAUCCGGGGGAUAUCAAGCACAUGUUCGUCUUCAUCUUCCCCCUGGUCUACGAGAAGACGAAAUUACAAGAUAUCCCUUAAUAGUUCAAGUUUAUGGAGGACCUGGAAGCCAAUUGGUUACUGAAAGAUGGAGAAUCGAUUGGAACACAUAUCUAUCAGGAAACAAAGAUUUCAUUAUCGCACAAAUUGAUGGUAGAGGGUCAGGAGGACAAGGUCAUCAAAUUCUACAUAAAGUUUAUUAUAAGUUAGGUUCGGUUGAAGUUGCAGAUCAGCUAGAAGUUACAGAGUAUUUAAGAGAUACUCAACAUUUUAUUGACAAGAGACGUGUAGCAGUGUGGGGCUGGAGCUAUGGUGGAUUCGUAGCUGCGUUGGCAUUAGCAAGUCCUAAAAAUGUUUUUCACUGUGCUAUAGCAGUUUCACCAGUAACAAAUUGGAAAUUGUAUGAUUCUGCGUACACGGAACGAUUCAUGGGUCUUCCAAAUGUAACAGACAAUUACAAGGGAUAUGAAGAAGCAGACGUCAGCAAAAAGGCUCAUCUAUUAAAAGAUAAAAUGUUUUACCUCAUUCAUGGAUCUGCCGACGAUAAUGUACACUUACAACAGUCAAUGGCUUUGGUAAAAGCCUUGUCAGAAGCUGGAACACUUUUCCGGCAACAGAUAUAUCCAGAUGAAAGCCACAACUUAGGAGGUGUGAAACGACACCUUUAUGAAAGCAUGGGCAACUUCUUAGAAGACUGUUUUCGAAAGCAAGUACCCCCUGAGUUCAAAGCGGGUUUAAGGAACUAUGUUGACUAGUAUACGGAGGAAGAUUCGCAAGAAUCUUCAGCCAGAUAGAAAUGCAGCAAACCGAAUUUAAAGUACAAUAAUUUAUUUACUUUCCCUUUGUAAAAUUUAUUGUACACGAAUGUAAUCUUUGUACAGCACAUCAAGUAAGAAUGGUCUACGGCAUACUUUCCCACUGAUGUUCUAUUAAAAUAUCAGAUUUAUUACUAAAAGAACAUAAAAAUGAUGACUGCUGUUAAAGUAGAAGUAAAAGUAAAAGCAUACUACUACAAAAAUUAUAUAAGGGUGCAUGACUUAUGAGAACUUCGACUAUUACAAUAAUAUGGUAAAUAAUGCAGCGACGAUUGAAAGCAUGUGACAACCAUGGCUUAGAUACUUACAACUUUUAGAGACAUCUCAAGAUUUGACAUGUCUUUUUUUAAUAUUAGACUUAAGAGUUCCGCUAAUCUUUUUUUCUGCCUUGAUAUUUUAUGGACAAAGCAGUGUUAGCAUGCUGUGUUAAUACUGCCUUGGUUUGAAAAAAGUAUUCGCUUUAGUCAUCUACUAGAAUAUAUUUUUUAUUAGGUAGGUCAUGACCAAAAUUUAGAAUACUGAAACAGUUCUAAUAAAAUCAAAUAGCGAGUCGAGGAGCAACAUAGAUAAUUAAAUAACUAACGCCAUUUUGAUAUGUAUUUAGAUGUUAUUAAGAAAAAAAAUUUGUUAAUCCUCCAUCACUGGCAUCUCAAAAAAUUGCGCCAUCACUCGCGUGUUAGAUUUUAUCUAACAUAUGGGUACAGGCCAAAUAAAUGAGUCAUUAGUACUUGUCGGUUAAGUUUAUUGGUUAAUAACUCACAAAAAAAUGAUAAACUUAUGUUUGUUUAAAACAAAACUGCAAAAAAAACUACUAGGUAAACUAAAAUAGUACCCUACCCUUUACCCUAGAACAAAACAAAUAAGCCAAUUUAUUAAAAAAAAAUGUACCCAUUACGCAUAAAAUUAGAUUUCUUUCUCUUCUAGGCAGUGGUGGCAAGUAAAAUUUAUUAAACCAUUGUGCUCUUUACAUAUCGGCAACUGACAGUUAGUACAAUAAUAUUGAGUAAACCUGUUUUUCCUUACAGAAAAAAAACUUCUUAGUUUUAUAUUUGGAGUUGCCCCUUGAGAAAUUCAUGGCUUUUCUUGGGUUUUUGGGAUAAGCAAAUUUGGGAUAUUAGAACGUCGUCGUUAAAAAUGGAAUAUUAAAAGGUUCUUGCCAAGCUCCGCAAUGUAGCUGCUUUAAGAUGUUACAAUAUUAGUAAUAUUGUUGAAAAUUAGUUGGCUGUUUAUAGUUGAAAUAUUUAAUAGGGUGCAAAAAAAAGUAAACGGCCAGCGAUUACUAAAUCAAGUCACCAAGUAUUCUGUCUUCACUUUAUCAACAACAUCCACUCCGCCUUUUGUGAGGUUAUAAUCAGUAAUAAUCUCUGGCUUAAUGGUAUGCUCUUUGGUGUUUUCAUCAAUGAAACCAUCGCUGUGUAGUGUUAAAAGUAGUAGUACAUUCUUAUUUUUUUUCCAUACAAGUACACACUUAUAUCCAUCGUCAAACUAUGCAAACAUGCUACUACAUAAAGGUCUUUCUUUUACGUUUGUCAACUCAGGGGGAAUUUGUCGUUUGUAUUUAUGCAAAGUACCUAUUGUUGUCAAGCAAUGAUUGUUCAAUAAAGAGUUGGCUAAGGGUACAGAGGAAAAGUAAAUAUCCGUAGUUGCAUUUCGACUGGUUCCACUUAUGGGUCGUAUAAGUCUUUUUUCUACGCUAGAUGUAUCGUUGGGUAGUUAAUAUGGUCCUUCAGAUUGUUUGCCGGGGUAAAUUUAGAGAUUUUGUUUGAAAAAUGUUAUAGUGUGCACCAAGAUAUAAAUCUUGAUUCCGUAUUUCGCUAACUUAUUGGCUAUAUAGUGCCUAAAUUUGCAUCGAGCACGAAACGUUUCCAACAUUUCAUCUAUGGUCACAUAGAAUCCAGUGUAUGCAGAUAAACAGGUAGUGACAACAUUUCAUAUAUUUCUCGAAUGGGUGCAAGAUUAUCAACUGCCGCAUUUUCUUGCCUCUUAGUGGUGUCGUCAAUUCUUACAGCUUGAAUUAUUUAGUGAAAUAUUAUCUUGGGCAUAGUAGCUGCAAAAAUAUCUGGAGCUGUGCCAUCUAAUUUCCAUAGUUCAUCAGGAUUUACAUGUUGCGCUUUCUUCGCCCCACCAAGGAACAAAAGUCCGAUAAAUGCUUGCAUUUUCUCGUAGUCAACAGCACGACAAUCCCUAGGGCGAGUAUAAAAUACUCUCAUUAUAUCCAGUUUUUGAUUUAUAUGUAUAUUUUAAAAUAAUAUUGAUCAUAGCACUCAAAAAAUACAAUUUCUAGCAUUCUAAUAUGGUUUUGGCGCAUUUUGCUUUUGCUUUUACUCCAGGUAAGUUCGCAACCUGGCUGUAUGGCACUUGCCUAUGCCACU